CCCAGUUGGCCUGGUAUGUUUACCAGUCUUAAAGCGUUCCUGUUGAUGGACAUUUCACUCUAACCUGUUUAUAGUAAUGAAUGCAAACGCCGGAAGUUGAAAUGUGACGGCGAACGUGUCUGCUCUCGGUGUGUUCGCCAGAACACCCAAUGCAUCUACACCCCCAGCAGCCAUGUGGCAAGCAAUACGCUGGUGACGCCGCUGGAUGAUCCCGUUCAGGAUGAUAUGUGAGUGGGCUAAUUCACCCAUUAAUUCCUCUGUGAGGGAAAGGGGGGGUCUAUAUUUCUAAUCUGAGCUUGCUUACUUUCUCUGUAGAAUCUCGACAAAGUUUAGAGCGUUUAAUCAGCAGAUCGAGGCACUGCAUCGUGAGAUGCGUGCCAUGUCUGCUCGCAUGCGUGCGCUGGAGGCGACCUCUGGUACUCCAAGUCAUGCCAGCAACCAUGCCUCUACAUCAUCAACAUCACUCAGUGCCGGACUGCAACGUAUCAUGAACCGGCCGCUAUCACCUGAUUAUAUAGGUCCAACAAGUGCAGAGUUCGGAAUUACGGCGCGACAGAAUCGGGCUGACGAUAGCGACGGGGAUAAUCCAGAAUCAACAGCAGCAUCUAGUCCUGUUGCUGUGUCUGAUGUUGAAGCCAUGACUAGUGAUCCUCUUGGAUGCCUGGGCAAGGAAGAGGCUCUCCGCCUGGUGACGGUUUAUGAGGAUAAUGUGGGGUUAAUGUACCCUUGUAUUGACCUUGAAAGUGUGCGCACAUAUGUGAUUGAUUUCUAUAAGGAUGGGGAUAGGUCGGGACCAACAUCGCCUGAUAUGACGGACAAAGAUUGGUUUUUUGCUCGUGAUGUGGAGGUACUAAAGAUUCUUCUGGCUACAGCACUUCUAGCUGAAUCUCAUGGCCGGAGUGAACGGGCUGCACUGUUGGCUGAUAGCGUGGAAGACCGGUUUGCAGCACGCCUGAAGGUCCCAGAAGUGGAUAUGAAGGAACUUCUUAUCUUGACCCUUUUGUCCAUCUUCCACUCCUACCGCGAUGAUGAAGUGAUAUCAUGGCGUGUUAUCGGGUUGGCCGUUCGGGGCUCUAUGCAGCUUGGUCUCCACCGUCAAGAAACCUGGUUGCGGACAGGAGGCGUAUUUCCUGGAGAAUUACAGUGGACCUGGGCUAGUAGGCUAUUCUGGUGCAUCUACGUCCUAGACCGCAAAUGGUCCUUUGGAACAGGCCUACCGUUCGCCCUCCAAGACUCCGAUAUGGACACAAACCUCCCCGAACCAGGCGCCGCCACGCCCUAUCUAACAUGUAUGAUUACCUACUCACGACUCAGCACUAAGAUCUGGGGACUUGUGAUGGGAUGGCGUAGCCGCCCUCGAGCCGCAACCUCUGAAUACUGCUCGUACCUGGACUUCCAGGUCCAACAGUGGAUUCAGUCCAUCCCCAGCGAGCUCCGAUUCGAGCCCUCCUCACAGCACGAGUCCACUCCACAGACGGACAGGAUGACCAUGCUUCAAGUGCUCCUUGCCCUACAAGCCAACCAACUCCGGAUCCUCGUUUACCGCCAGAACCUGCUGAGCAGUGAAAGCAUCGAAACAAACGUCCCUGGAGCAUCUGUCGCUGUCGAAACUGCAAAAAGCACGGUGCAUAUGCUGGCCUACUUCAGCGAGGUCUCUGAUAUAUACUUUCAACGGCCCGAACCGUUCAACUAUUUUCUUAUCUCUGCGCUGGCCGCUCUUUUCCUUGCUGUGCUUCAUGCCCCAUCCCGCUUUAGUCAGGUCUGUCGACCGGAGUUCUACGCAGCGGUAGAUAUGGUGCGGCGCUCGUCCACGCGGGCGCAUACUUCUCGCCGACUCCAGAAGAUUAUCCGGAGUUUGAAGCUCAUUCGUCUUAACUUGGACGCAAAGUCGCCGCGAAGUAGGCAGAAACACCGACUACGGCGGGGACAGAAUCCAACUCAGAUCCCUCGUUUGGGUCAAGAGGAAACAACUCCAUUGUCUCUCACUACGCCAUGUGAUUCACCGCACCCUCAGGGACACCACCAUCUUUUUGGCCUGCCUACCCCACAGCCAUCAGCGCUGUUGGGGCCCAUUUCAUCCUCCUUGACUGCUACGCCGACUGACCAGAACAGCUGUGAGGAUUUAACAAGUUUCUUCGAGAUGGCGGGAGGGUUAUACUUUGAUCCACGGACAGACGAUGGUUUAGCGACGGAGGGAUUUCUCCCGCACGGCGGACAAAGCGAUGGAAUUGAUGCCUUUCAAGCGGAGGAUGAAGCGCUGACUAGAGUUAUGGCAGGGUUGAUAUGAAUGAUUGUGAGCACAUGCUGCUAUCUAAACAUCUACUUUCUAAGAGCAUAGUAAGUUGAAUAUUUCUCCAACUGAGGGCCAGUUAUAUUAGAGUGGCUUUUUCAUACACCAAUCCCCAAGAUUCAAGCUCACGGAAUUUCUUCCACCAUUGGUGGAAUAAGGAGCGAAAUGGAGAUGCAGUUCUUGCCUGUUCAAGGCUUGUCCCCGAGGAGGAUUG